AGCGCACAGGGCGCCCCGCGCGGCCCCCCUCCCCGCGCGCCCCGCGCUCCCCGCCCGCGCCGCCGCCUCCCCCUGCCGAGCUGUUUGCCGCACCCUUGCGGCCGACCCCCCUUUCCGAGACCUCCGCCUCCCCGGGGCAAAGGCGCGCGAGCGCGCGGAGCAAUAUGCUCGCGGCGGGUCCGGCCGGCGCGGCCUGCGCGCUGCUGUGGGCGGCGGCGCCGGGCGGGGCAGCCGCCUGGGGGCUCAAGGCGAAGGCGUGGCCGGACCACUUCCGGCGCCACAGCUACAGGCCUGGCGACGGCACCGCGCAGAAGAUCCAAGAGGCUGAGGACGAGCGCCCAGUGACGCCCCUC